AUGGUCAAAGAGAAAGACCAAAACCCAAAAGACAAAAAACUCCUCGUCGGAAUCUUAUGGAGCUUCUCCACUGAUCUCAAGCUCAUUUUAAUGGCGUUACUUGUUUUACUCACUUUAGCUACUCUCUUACCUUUCAUACCUUCUUCAUUCUCUCUCUCCACCUCAGAUUUUCGUUUCUGCAUCUCACGCUUCUCCUCCGCCGUUCCCGUCAACACAACCACCACCGUAGAAAACUCACCGGAGAAUAAGACGACUCCGGAGUCAGAUCGGGUUUUAGAUAACGGCGUUAUUAAACGGACGUUUACUGGUUACGGCACUGCAGCUUAUAACUUCGUCUCUAUGAGUGCUUACAGAGGCGGCGUUAACUCUUUCGCCGUUAUCGGUUUAUCGUCUAAACCACUCCACGUGUACGGUCACCCUUCUUACCGUUGUGAAUGGGUCCCACUAAACCCGACCCAGAAUCCGAUUUCAACGGAUGGGUUUAAAAUCCUAACCGAUUGGGGUUACGGACGGAUCUACACUACAGUCGUCGUGAACUGCACUUUCUCAUCAAUCGCAGUCGCCGGAGGAAACCUAAUCCUCCACGCAACCACCGGAGAUUCAGAUCGGAAUCUAACCGAUUCGAUUCCGGUCUUAACGGAAUCCCCAAACUCCGUCGAUUUCGAGAUCUACAAUUCCACGAAGAAGAAGUACGAUUAUCUCUAUUGCGGAUCGUCUCUAUACGGAAACCUAAGUCCGCAACGAGUUCGGGAAUGGAUCGCAUACCACGUUAGAUUCUUCGGCGAACGGUCGCAUUUCGUGCUUCACGACGCCGGAGGGAUUCACGAGGAAGUUUUCGAGGUUUUAAAGCCAUGGAUUGAGCUUGGGAGAGUGACGAUACACGAUAUCAGAGACCAGGAGAGAUUCGAUGGGUAUUAUCAUAAUCAAUUCAUGGUUGUGAAUGAUUGUUUGCAUAGGUAUAGAUUCAUGUCGAAAUGGAUCUUCUUCUUCGAUGUUGAUGAGUUUAUACAUGUUCCUGGGAAGAAGACGAUUGAUUCGGUUAUGGAAUCUUUGGAGGAAUAUUCUCAGUUCACUAUUGAGCAAAUGCCUAUGAGUAGUAAGAUCUGUUACUCCGGCGAUGGUCCGGCGAGAACUUACAGGAAAUGGGGAAUUGAGAAACUAGCAUAUAGAGAUGUGAAGAAGGUUCCAAGACGGGAUCGGAAAUACGCUGUCCAGCCGGAAAAUGUAUUCGCGACGGGAGUCCACAUGUCUCAGAAUCUACAAGGGAGAACAUACCACAAGGCAGAGAGCAAAAUCCGUUACUUCCAUUACCACGGUUCGAUCUCUCAGCGCCGUGAGCCUUGCCGUCAACUUUUCAAUGAUUCUCGAGUUGUAUUUGAGAACAAUCCUUACGUGCUCGACACUACGAUCCGCGAUGUUGGUCUUGCUGUGAGGACGUUCGAGAUGAGAACGAUCGGUGACCGGUUGCUUAGGACACGGCAAUGA